CUUGGAAAGAAUGCUAUUGAUCUUGCUAUUCAUAUUUGGUACUCAAUGAUAGUUACUGGACAACAAUGGGAUAAGUGCAUUGAAAUAUUUAUUAAAUUGCUUCAUGGUAAACUGGAUUUACAAAUGAGAAAAGAUUUUUUAUUUGAGUUUGGCAAACUUAGGAUUUAUACGCAUUUUAGUCCUAAGACGUGGGAUUGCCUUGCAAGAAUGCUUCUAAAUAGGCUCCUCACUCCAGGAGAACGAAUUUGUUUUGAUCAUUUUCAUCGUAUUGGACUUCUUCUCCCAUAUUGGGUGUUGAAUGCUCAUCAUAACACACAAAAUAAGUUCAUCUUGGAUCAAAAUUAUGGCUGGGUAAUGAAUGACAGUUCAGAUCCACUUUCAGGAUGGGAUAUACUUAAUGUUGACCAAGUUAAUCAUGGAACGGCAAAUGAUGACUAG